AUGGAUCCAAAUAAUCCUAAUAACAAUAACUCUUUUGAUCCAAAUGCCCAAAACAAUAAUUACAACGAAUACCCGGGCCAGGAUGACCAGCAGCAGCAGCAGCAGCAGCAGCAGCAUCAGCAGCACGAUGACUAUGUUCAUCAAUUAGAGCAACAACAGCACGAAGAAAUGCUUCGUGAACAACAACAGGAACAACAACAGUUUUCAACAACUACAACCCCUACCCCAUUGCCUCCACAGCCUCCAUUGCCUGUCCAGCACCAUGAUACACCAACUCCUUACCCAGACACUGAGUAUCGGACACCAUAUCCUGUUAAUGAUCCUUUCAACCCUUCAGAAUCUUCUCUUAGAGUCUCUCCUUCUCCAAGCAAUCCCUUUGGCGAUAAUUCAGCUGUUAGUCCUAUUAUUCAUCGCCCAGAACCACAUCUUGCAGUCCCUGACGCCUCCAUCUACCCCCAGUCUGACUCUAGACGUUCAUCUUUGGCUCCAACAGAAUCUUACCAACUUUACGAUCUGGGCGUUUCUGGCGGAAUGGAAGACCCUUAUAACGCCGAUUACGAAAAUUCUGAUCAUGUCCCCCUGAGAAACACUACCGCACAAGGGAACCACCUUCCAUACCCAGACAAUGCCAACACUGGGUCAGGAGGUGGAUUCAUGAACAGAAUUAGGAGUACAAGAAGACCAGGAAACAAUGCUUUCUCUAAUAGCCAAUAUUCAAAUAUUCCUCCUCAAAUUUCUUCUAUGACACCCUUUUCGGAAAAUGAUGGUGAGAUUCCUCUUACUUUUAAUACUGGCUUCCGUGAUCUUCCCGACUACUCUACCUCAGCUUAUCCUCAAGGAAAUGCUUACUUCCCCUACCCCAUUCAGGAUUCCUCUUUCCCUGGAGUUCAACUUAGCAUGCCUGAUCCCAAUGCACUACCUCAGGAAGAUCUUAUUGAAGAGUCUUGGAAUAUGCGUCAGCAAAUGGAGCCUGCCAAUGUUGAAAACUACACAAAAAAGCAAGUCAACCUUGUUAAUGGCAUUUAUUCCGUCGAAUUCCCAGUCCCUACACCUGUCAAGAGUGCUGUUGAAGAAAAGUACUUAAACUUGGAAGCUGGUUCCACUGAAUUUACACACAUGCGCUAUACUGCUUGUACAUGUGAUCCAGACGAAUUCAAAGACCAAAACUAUACCCUUCGGGCAGCUGAAGCUGGCCGCCGCACAGAACUUUUAAUUGCCGUUACUUACUACUCAGAAGACAAAGUCCUUACUGCUAGAACACUCACAGGUAUUAUGAAAAACAUUCACCACUUUUGCGCAGACAAAUCCGAGUUUUGGCGCAAUCAGAACGGUGAACCUUGGGAGAAGAUUGUUGUUACUCUCAUUAUGGAUGGUAUUAAACCUUGUCGUAAGGACGUUUUGGACGUUCUCGCUUCCAUGGGUGUUUACCAAGACGUUAUGAAAAAUCCAAUCAACGAUAAACAAACUGUUGCUCACAUCUUUGAGUACACUUCUCAAGUCUGCUUUACUCCAGAUCUUGAGGUUAUUACUCCAUCUGAGGGAAGUAGCUCCAAAUACACAAUUCCUCCUAUUCAAUAUGUUUUGUGUAUAAAGCAAGAAAACUCAAAGAAGAUCAACUCACACAGAUGGCUUUUCAAUGCAUUUGGUUCUGUUCUUAAUCCUAAAGUUUGUGUCCUCAUUGAUGCAGGUACUAGACCUUCUUCUAGAGCCAUUGUCCAUCUUUGGAGAGCGUUCUACAAUAAUCAAAAUGUUGGUGGUGCAUGUGGUGAAAUUCACGCCAUGUUGGGUAAGCGCGGCAAAGAUUUACUUAACCCUCUUAUUGCUGCCCAAAAUUUUGAGUACAAACUUUCUAAUCAGCUUGACAAGCCUUUGGAAGACACUUUUGGUUUUAUUUCUGUCCUUCCAGGUGCAUUCUCUGCUUAUCGUUUCGAAGCUAUCCAGGGUAGACCUUUGGAGCAAUACUUCCGUGGUGACCACUCUCUUGCUGAUAGACUUGGAGACAAGGGCUUGAAUGGUAUGAACAUUUUUAAAAGAAAUAUGUUUUUGGCUGAAGAUCGUAUUCUCUGUUUUGAAAUCACUUUUAAGGCAAAAGAAAAGUGGCAUUUGAAGUACGUCAAGGCUUCCAAGGCCGAGACAGAUGUUCCUGAGGUAAUUGACGAGUUUAUUUCUCAACGUCGUCGUUGGAUCAAUGGUUCUUUUGCUGCAACUUUAUAUUCCAUGAUGCAUUUUGGCCAAAUCUACCGCACUGGUCACAACUUACUCCGCACAUUUUUCAUGCAUAUCCAACUUUUUUACAACUUUAUCAACAUCAUCAUGACUUGGUUCUCUCUUGCUUCAUAUUAUUUGACUACGACCAUUAUUUUGGAAUUAGCUGCUAAUCCAAAUAAUGAAAAGGAAUCGAGCACAUCUUCUUCAUCUACUGAUUCUACCUCUACUGAUUCUACUUCUACUGACUCUACUACCACUGCUGCAAAAUUUUUGGCACGCGGAAUUCAAGUUGGCCUUAGCAAUCUAUUUGAAAGAGAUACCACUGCAAAGCCAUUCCCAUUUUCAAAUUACCGCGUAUCUUUGUCAAUUGCUUUAGUUAUCAGAUUCAUCUACAUGCUCAUGAUUAUUAUUUCCUUCCUUUUGGCUCUUGGUAAUAGACCCAAGGGCGCUAAAAAGCAGUUUACUUUCCUUUUCAUUAUUUUUGGUAUUAUUCAGUUUUAUGCUUUGAUUGUUGCCAUCUACUUAUGUGUUAAUGCAUUUGCAACUUCCACUGAUGCAUUUUUCACAACAGCAUCGUUAUAUGGAAACGCACGUCUUUUGGUUAUCAUUGCCUUGGUUUCAACUUAUGGUCUAUACAUUUACGCUGGUAUUAUUUAUCUUGACCCUUGGCAUCUUAUCCACAGUUUUAUCCAAUACUCAUUCAUUAUGCCUUCCUUCACUACUGUCAUUAACGUAUUUGCUUUCUGCAACUGGCACGAUGUUUCAUGGGGUACUAAGGGUGCUGACAAGGCUGAUCAUUUGCCAGCAGCAAAGUCUGAGACGACUGAGGAUGGUGAAACUGAAGUUGUUGUUACUUAUGAGAGACCUCAGGACGAUAUCGACACCAACUUUUUGGCUGUCAUGAAGCGUGCUCAGGAGCCAUACCCUAAGGACAAUAACGAUGCUAAAAAGAAACCUGACCCUGAUGAUGAGAGCAAAACUUUCAGAACUAACUUGAUUAUUUUAUGGAUUCUGUGUAACGUUGUGCUUGCUGCUGCUUUGACUUCCCAAUCAGUCACUAGCAUUGGGUUCUCUGGUACUACAUCAAGAUCAAGUGUUUACUUUUUCAUUUUGAUUGUUAUCACAGCUGCUAUGGCAGGAUUUAGAAUGAUUGGGUGCACUAUUUUUGUGUUGAAGAGUGCAAUUUCACGUGGAUUUGGAAAGAAGUAA